AUGGCACCUUCUAUGUACAGCAAGGACGAGAAGGUCCUCUGUUUCCAUCAUGAAAUCCUCUACGAUGCCAAGAUCCUGGAUGUUCGCCACAAAGACGCCAACGACAAGAAAAGUCCGUUUGAGUAUCAAGUCCACUACAAGGGCUGGAAAAACACAUGGGAUGACUGGGUCCUAGAAGACCGUCUCCGGAAGCACACAGAAGACAACCGCGAGCUGGCCAACAACCUGCGCCGCGAAGCCGAAGCAUCAAUCCGCCAGAAAACCACCAAGGCGUCCGCAAAGAAGCGCGCCACUUCCGACCGUAGCUCUGUGCGCGACAGCGAAGAACGCGGCAACUCCGUGCCGGGCCGUGGCACAAAGCGAGCCCGGGACAAUGACAUCGAAAAGGAAGAAAGCUUCAACAUGCGCCCUUCAGUCCGCAUCGUGAUGCCUGACAACCUAAAGUCCCUGCUAGUCGACGACUGGGAACAGGUAACCAAGAACCAAUGUGUGGUCUCCUUGCCAGCGCGCAAUCCCGUGCGCCAGAUCCUGCAGGAUUGGUACGAGGAAGAGCAGCCGAAGCGAACCAGCUCGGCCGCUGACCAGGACGUGCUGGAGGAAGUGGUUGCCGGGCUUCAGGAGUAUUUCGACAAGUGCCUGGACAAGAUCCUUCUGUACCGUCAUGAGCGCGCGCAGUACCGUGGUCUGCGGAAGAAGUUCGAGGCUGCGACCGGGGAGUUGGCUAACAAGGGGCCUAUUGAUGUCUAUGGGGCCGAGCACUUGAUCCGUCUUUUCAGCACCAUGCCCGAGCUUAUUGCUCAGACAAACAUGGAUAUGCAGGCGACUAACCGUCUGCGUGAGGAGAUUUCUAAGCUUUCUAUGUGGUUGAGCAAGCAUUCGGAGAAGUACUUCACCACGCAGUACUUGACGGCGGAGAAUACUCACUGA